UAUGAGAUCCACGGCAAUUCUGGUCAGAACAAAAUGUGGUGUGCUCAGUAGAUGUAGUGGAUUUGUGUAGAGAUUCCGACGAUGGUGAAACAGUUUGAAGAUACAGAAAUCAGUUUGUGAUCACAGUGAAAAUACUGAACGAAUUCCACGGCCAUCAUCUGGACAGAACGAAAAAUGGUGUGCAGUGUAGAUUUAGUGGAUUUGUGUAGCGAUACCGACGAUGAUGAAACAGUUUCACCACCUAUCACCUAUGAGGAGUAUUUAUCAUCGAAGAAAAUCAAUUCUUUGGUGCAAAACAAGGUAACCAAGGAAUGGAUGAAAAUCGGCGAAAUUAAAUCAGUAAUUGAAAAAUUACUUAUAAAACAUUUUUUCGUGAGCUUCUAUACACCCGUUGGUGCUAUGGCAAAAGUGAGCGAGUGGUACUCGAUUAUUAAAGUAAACCAAAGCACAAUGACGCCGAAUUACCGUCAAAUUUUUAAGGAUAGCGAUGAUGAAGCGAAGGGUGUUGCGGAGCGGUUGUCGGUGACGUCAGCCAUGGACGCCUAUUGCCACAAAAAACAUAUCAUGGAAGAAGUCGAGAUUGAAAGGCAGAAAGUCAAUCGAAGAAUUGUGAAUCAUGAUCAAGCGCCCGCCUAUAUUGCGGGCUAG